CAGUCUUGCACAGGUGUGCCGGCUCCUCCCCUCCAGUCUUGUAGAGGUGUAUGGGCUCCUCCCCUCCAGUCUUGCACAGGUGUGCCGGCUCCUCCCCUCCAGUCUUGCACAGGUGUGCCGGCUCCUCCCUUCCAGUCUUGCACAGGUGUGCCGGCUCCUCCCUUCCAGUCUUGCACAGGUGUACCAGCUCCUCCCCUUCAGUCUUGCACAGGUGUACCGGCUCCUCCCCUCCAGUCUUGCACAGGUGUACCGGCUCCUCCCCUCCAGUCUUGCACAGGUGUACCGGCUCCUCCCCUCCAGUCUUGCACAGGUGUACUGGCUCCUCCCCUCCAGUCUUGCACAGGUGUACCGGCUCCUCCCCUCUAGUCUUGCACAGGUGUACCGUCUCCUCUCCUGGCAAUGACACCAAGAAUGGGGCACAAUUCCUCCCAGUGAUAAAGAAGGAGAUU